AUGGUUGAAGAAUCGAAGAAACGUAAUAGAGAAGAAGCGGAGGAAAACGACGUCGAACAGCAUGAAGAAAGCUCUGAAAAGUUGUCGCAGACCUUUGGAGAGUUAGAGUUGUCGCAACCUACUCUAAAGGCCAUUGACAAAAUGGGCUUUACAACGAUGACCUCUGUUCAGGCAAGGACCAUACCACCACUUUUGGCUGGUAGAGAUGUUCUUGGUGCUGCCAAGACUGGGUCCGGUAAGACGUUGGCGUUUUUGAUUCCAGCUAUUGAAAGGUUACAUUCGUUGAAGUUUAAACCAAGAAAUGGUACUGGUGUUAUCGUCAUCACGCCUACCAGAGAGUUAGCAUUGCAGAUCUUUGGUGUCGCUCGAGAACUAAUGGAAUUCCAUUCACAGACCUUUGGUAUUGUUAUCGGUGGUGCCAAUAGAAGACAAGAAGCAGAUAAAUUGGUUAAAGGUGUUAAUCUGCUAAUUGCAACACCUGGUAGAUUACUGGAUCAUUUGCAAAAUACAAAGGGAUUUGUAUUUAAAAAUUUGAAAGCAUUGAUUAUCGAUGAAGCUGACCGUAUCUUAGAAAUUGGGUUUGAAGAAGAAAUGAGACAGAUUAUCAAGAUUUUACCUAAUGAAGACAGACAAUCGAUGUUAUUUUCAGCUACCCAGACCACCAAGGUGGAAGAUUUGGCAAGAAUUUCCUUGAGAGCAGGGCCUCUUUUCAUCAAUGUGGUCUCUGAGAAGGAUAACUCUACAGUAGAGGGGUUAGAACAAGGUUAUGUGGUUUGUGAUAGUGAUAAAAGAUUUUUAUUGCUGUUCUCGUUUUUGAAGAGAAACCAGAAGAAGAAGAUUAUCGUUUUCCUGUCAUCUUGUAAUUCUGUCAAAUACUAUGCGGAAUUGCUCAAUUACAUCGACUUACCGGUGUUAGAGUUGCACGGUAAACAGAAACAACAAAAGCGUACAAAUACUUUCUUUGAAUUCUGCAACGCUGAAAGAGGUAUCUUGGUCUCUACUGAUGUGGCCGCCAGAGGUUUGGAUAUUCCAGCUGUUGAUUGGAUUAUCCAAUUCGAUCCACCUGAUGAUCCAAGAGAUUACAUUCACAGAGUCGGUAGAACGGCUAGAGGUGCAAAGGGUAAGGGUAAAUCCUUAAUGUUUUUGACUCCUAAUGAAUUAGGAUUCUUGAGAUAUUUGAAAGCGGCUAAAGUUCCAUUGAACGAGUACGAAUUCCCAACUAAUAAAAUUGCAAACGUUCAAUCACAAUUGGAGAAAUUGAUUAGAUCUAACUAUUACCUGCAUCAAACCGCAAAGGAUGGAUACCGUGCAUAUCUACAAGCUUAUGCAUCUCAUUCUUUAAAGACCGUCUACCAAAUUGAUAAAUUAGAUUUGGCUAAAGUCGCUAAGUCCUAUGGAUUUCCAGUACCACCAAAGGUUAACAUUACCAUAGGAGCCAGCGGCAAGACUCUAGUAAACAAGAAACGGAAGGUAAAUAGAAACUAG